UCUGUUUCCUUGGCUCAGGUUAAGAAUAGAAGGCAUCUUUUUACAGCCUCUCCCAUUCAGCGAUUUAAUCGGCGUGUACCUUUCCUGGAAACCUCGCACUUUUCACAGUUUUCACUCAAAUGAAACCCAAAUACACUCCACAUAAAUACCAAACCCAAAUCCACCCCCACUCACUCAGUCACUAACCUUAUCUCUCUCCUCAGAUAGAUACACACACUCUCUCUUUUCCACUCCCUCUUUCGCCGCCAAAACAAACCAAACCCACACUUCACUCUCACUCUCAUCCAAUUCCAAAUUCUCGUUGUUGGUGCACUGAAUGACCGAGUACCGGAUGAACCUGUGGACCGACGACAACUCCUCCGUCAUGGAGGCCUUCAUGAGCUCCUCCGACCUCUCCUCCCUCUGGCUCCCCACGCCGCAAUCCGCCGCCUCUACUACCACUCCUGGACUGGAAACCACCCGAGCACCGCCGCCUCAGUCCCACUCCCUCCUCAACCAGGAGACCCUCCAGCAGCGCCUCCAGACACUUAUCGAAGGCGCCCGAGAGAGCUGGACCUACGCAAUCUUCUGGCAGUCUUCCUACGACUAUUCCUCCGGCACCUCCCUUCUCGGCUGGGGAGACGGUUAUUACAAGGGUGAGGAGGACAAAGUCAAAGCCAAAGGCAAAACCCCCAAAACGACGUCGUCCGCGGAGCAGGACCACCGCAAAAAAGUCCUCCGCGAACUCAAUUCCUUAAUCUCUGGCCCCUCCGCUUCCGUUGACGACGUCGACGAAGAAGUCACCGACACCGAGUGGUUCUUCCUCGUGUCGAUGACUCAGUCCUUCGUCAACGGAAGCGGCCUCCCGGGUCAGGCUUUUUUUAACUCGAGCCCGGUCUGGGUUGCCGGGCCGGACCGGCUGUCCGAGUCGGUCUGCGAACGGGCCCACCAGGGGCAGAUGUUCGGGCUCCAGACUCUGGUCUGCAUACCGUCCGCAAAUGGCGUCGUUGAGCUCGCCUCCACGGAGGUGAUUUUCCAGAACCCUGAUCUGAUGAACAAGGUGCGCGAUUUGUUCAACUUCAACAACAACCCUGAAACUGGUUCCUGGGCGUUGAAUUGCGUUGCCACCACCGAUCAGGGGGAGAACGACCCUUCCUCACUCUGGCUCAACCCUGAAAUCAGAGACUCCUCUACCGUUGCGCCGCCGAAUUCAACGGUUAACAAGACUCUGCAGUUCGAAACCCCUGGUUCCAGUACCUUAACCGAUACCCCUAGUGCUGCUGCUGUUCAUGUACCUAAAUCUAAUGGCCAGGGUUUCUUCUCGAGGGAAUUGAACUUUUCGAAUUCAUUGAAGCCUGAAUCUGGUGAAAUUCUGAGCUUUGGAGAGAGCAAGAAGAGCUCUUACAACGGGAGUUUCUUUCCCGGUGUUGUUGCAAUUGAGGAGAACAACAAGAAGAGGUCUCCCGUUUCUCGGAGCAGCAUUGACGAUGGGAUGCUGUCCUUCACAUCCCUGCCGGCUGCAAAUAUAAAAUCUGGUAGUGGUGGUGCCGGUGCCGGUGGUGGUGAUUCGGAUCACUCGGAUCUGGAAGCUUCCAUGGUGAAACAGGCAGACAGCAGAGUGAUGGAGCCGGAGAAACGGCCUCGGAAGAGGGGGCGAAAGCCGGCCAACGGCAGAGAGGAGCCGCUGAAUCACGUGGAAGCCGAGAGACAAAGGAGAGAAAAGCUGAAUCAAAGAUUCUAUGCUCUACGAGCUGUAGUUCCAAAUGUAUCCAAGAUGGACAAGGCAUCGUUGUUAGGUGACGCCAUAUCGUACAUAAAUGAGCUGAAAUUGAAGCUCAACGGGCUGGAUUCAGAGAAAGGGGAAUUGGAGAAGCAAUUGGAUUCAGCCAAGAAGGAACUUGAGCUCGCGACCAAAAACCCUCCUCCUCCUCCACCACCACCACCUGGACUACCUCCAUCUAAUAACGAAGAAGCAAAGAAGACAACGACCAAGCUCGCUGAUUUGGAGAUAGAGGUGAAGAUAAUUGGUUGGGAUGCGAUGAUAAGAAUCCAAUGCAGCAAGAAGAACCACCCUGCAGCAAGGUUGAUGGCAGCAUUGAAGGACCUGGACUUGGAAGUGCAUCACGCAAGCGUGUCCGUGGUGAAUGAUUUAAUGAUCCAACAAGCCACGGUGAACAUGGGAAACAAGUUUUACACGCAGGAGCAGCUUCUGUCGGCACUCUCGUCCAAAGUUGGCGAUGAACAACGAUAGUUCGUUCUGUAGCUGUAGCUGUCUAUGUAAAAUAGUGUUCUUGUAAUUUUGGUUUGUCCUUUUUGGUAGCUUAGAGUAAAUUUAAAUUUAUUGAGGUAAUUUGAUUUGGGAGGCUGAAUGAACCAGGGAUGGUAUCUCUCCAAAUCUGCGGGGAAAGAUAGGUAGCAGCAGCUCUGAUGAAGUCGAAGUGUAUUAUUUUUGUGUUAAUAUUAUCUUUUAGAUUGUAUAUACAUGUUUAUGAAUUAUCAUAAAAUCUGAACUGAACUUAGUGAAUUUUCUUAA